AAAUCGGUUUGACAUUUCAUCUCCAAACUGUCAACUACAGUUCAAGGUGCUGCUGUCAAAGUCCUUUUCCGUUUCCUCUUUAACGAAGCGCAGUCAAGAUGAAAGCUAAAGGAGUGCUGAAAGAAUACCAGGUGAUCGGGCGCAAGCUGCCCUCGGAGAAGGAGAAGAACCCUCCACUGUUUAAGAUGCACAUCUUCGCCCCGGACCACAUCGUGGCCAAGUCGCGCUUCUGGUACUUCCUGCGUCAGCUGCGCAAGUUCAAGAAGGCAACCGGCGAGAUCGUGUCGGUGAAGCGCAUCAUGGAAAAGACGCCGCUGAAGGUGAAGAACUUCGGCAUCUGGUUGCGUUAUGAUUCGCGUUCCGGUACGCACAACAUGUACCGCGAGUACCGUGACCUGACUGUUGGUGGUGCCGUCACGCAGUGCUACAGUGACAUGGCUUCGCGCCAUCGUGCCCGUGCUCACUCGAUCCAGAUCAUCAAGGUGGAAGCGAUCCCUGCGUCCAAGACGCGUCGUGCACACAUCAAGCAGUUCCACAACCCGAAGAUCCGAUUCCCGCUGGUGCAGCGAUACCACCACAAGCGCUACCGGAAGCUGUUCUCUUACCGCCGCCCGGUUACCUUCUUCCAGUAAGAAGCAACAUUUGGAAGAUCAUCGUCAACCCACCACGUUACCGUACUUCUGUGUAUAUGCAUCCGUCAUUAUCAUUAUCCUUGUCGUUUGAUGAUGGAAAAGUGACGGGAUAUGUUCCGGGGCCUGUGGUGGUACACUUGCUGUGCUUGCGUAGUGCUUUGUGUACAACACUGUGCAUAAUUGUACGAUUCAGUGCGUGUUUACGUGUGUGCUGUGAUGAUGCAGCGAUCCUUUGGUCAGUGUGUGCGUACGUAACAGUGGGCAAGGAUCAGCUGGACAAAUGUUUUUUUUUUAUUUGCUCCGGAAAACAUGUCAACAACUAUGCCGGGGGCAGUCCGAUGCGGAAUAAGAGAGACAGAGAAGGAGAAAGAGUGAAUAAAAGAUGAGAGGCGAAGAAAUAACGCA